GUUAAGAGUGUUAUCCCAUCCCUGACACAUCUGACGAAUAAGCGGAGUAAACGUUCUCACGUGUUUUGUAAUGAAGCAUUUGGUUUCUCUUUUUUCUCUUUGUGAAAAGAAACCAAAGCUCGAGGGGGAGUUAACAAAUCGAUCAACUGAUUGUUACCUGUAAACGAACUACAGGUCAGCACAAACAACUGAAGACAUGGAGACAUUAUACAGUGUCCUCGGGUUAGAGUGGAUAGACUUCAGCAGCAUUUUCUUAUUCCUGUGUGUUUUUCUGCUCCUGACUGAUUUUUUAAAGAACAGAGUGCCGAGAAAUUUUCCUCCUGGACCCUGGGCACUUCCUUUCAUCGGCGAUCUUCAUCGCAUCAGACCUAGUAGACUUCACCUGCAGUUCGCAGAGUUUGCAGAGAAAUAUGGAAAAAUUUUCAGCCUUCGACUCUUUGGUGGAAGAGUUGUGGUCCUUAAUGGCUAUAAGCUUUUGAGAGAAGCGCUGGUACAACAAGGAGAAGAUUUCACAGAUCGUCCCGCAGUACCCAUAUUUGAAGACUUAUUUGGGAAUAAUGGUCUUGUGAUGUCAAAUGGGUAUCAGUGGAAGCAGCAGAGGAGAUUUACUCUUCAUACACUCAGAAACUUUGGUCUGGGGAAGAAGACCCUGGACUUUUCCAUCCAGCAGGAGUGCCAGUAUCUCACAGAGGCCUUUGCGGAUCAUCAAGGAAAGCCUGUUAAUGCCCAGCCACUGUUAAACAACGCCGUGUCAAACAUCAUCUGUUGUUUGGUAUUUGGGGAUCGAUUUGAGUACACUGAUGAGCAGUAUCAGUCUAUUCUUAAUAACUUUACCGAGAUAGUACGUUUACAGGGAACCACAGUGGCACAGAUGUACAACACAAUGCCCUGGUUGGUGAAGUGGCUGCCUGGACCUCAUCAGAAGAUAUUAACUUUAAAACGACACAUAACUGAUUUCAUAAAAAUGAAAAUCAGAGAACACAUAGAAAAUUUUAACCCAGCAUCACCGAGAGAUUACAUCGAUGCCUUUCUCAUAGAAAUGGGAGAGAAGGAGGGCAGUGAUUCAGUUUUUGAUCACAGCAGUUUAAGUGCAUGCACUAUGGACCUGUUUUUUGCUGGAAGCGAAACUACAACCACUACUUUACACUGGGGACUACUUUACAUGAUCUUCUACCCUGACAUACAAGAGAGAGUCCAGGCUGAGAUCGAUGCUGUGAUUGGUUCAUCCAGACAGCCGUCUAUGACUGACAGAGAAAACAUGCCCUAUACUGAUGCGGUCAUCCAUGAGAUCCAGAGAAUGGGCAACAUUAUCCCCUUCAAUGUGGCCCGCAGUGCAAGCAAGGACACUGCAAUUGAUAAGUACACAAUCCCAAAGGGCACCAUAAUCCUGGCUACACUUGACUCGGUCCUACAUGAUGAGUCAAUGUGGGAAACUCCACACUCUUUCAACCCCGAACACUUUCUGGACCAGGAUGGUAAAUUUCGCAAGAGAGAGGCCUUCCUUCCAUUUUCUGCAGGUAAGCGUGUGUGUAUUGGGGAACAGCUGGCCAGGAUGGAGUUAUUCCUGUUCUUUGCCUCCCUCUUUCAGAGGUUUUCAUUCUCUGCACCUGCUGGAGAGCAGCCCAGUCUGCAGUUCCAGCUGGGAGGGACUCGCUGUCCCCAACCUUACCGCCUCUGUGCUGUAACACGUUAAACCAGCAACUAUGACAAAGUGAAAAUGCCUGAUUCUCAGCUUGAUGAAUCACUGUUUUAUCACAUUUAUUAUCUAAUACAGUAUCUACCCCUCUGUAUUUUUCAUAUCUCAUAGUGUGUGUAAAAUGGGAUUUGUCAUUUUUGUUCUUGUCAGCCGGUAUACCAGUUUUGAUAAACUUUUACACAGUGAAUCUUUUAUAUUCAAGUAUACAUUUUAAUGUUAAACCAGCUAAAACUGAGAUUAGUUUAUCCUUUCAUUCUGACAUUAAAGCAAGUGAAAGCAUGGACUGAGUCCCUUUGCUGGCUAACAAUUUCAUAGUAUAUGAUACCUGCCUGUUCAUUGCUUUUACAAUUCUGAAUUCUGUCAUGUUAUGAUGAGAAAAGCUUGUUUCAAAGAAAACAUUAUAAAAAUUUCCACUUUAUUUGAAGGCUUAUAGAAUACUUUACCUUAAACAAAUAGUAACUCUGAAAAUUUGUCUCUUCUGAAGCUUGA